UGGUGCUGCAGUACUUUUGACUCUCCUAGAAGUUGAACCUCAUAGCAACAUGAGGUAUUCACUUGUACUUCUCCUUGGGGUUUUUGUGAUCACAGGAAUCAACUCUCAGAGUGGAAAUGGCGAAGAAUCUGAUGGAGGCAGUGGUGAAUUUUCCAGUACAAACUCUACUGGCAGUACCUCACAAGCUGUUGACUUUGAUGAAUGCAGUGCCUUUGGAACUGGCUCCUACCAAACCUUUCAAGGAACUCUCUAUUACCUGUCGUCAACUUGCUACUUAACGCUGAGCCGUUUUCAAUCGCCAGAAUCCAAUUCUGAAUUUAACAUCAAUAUUCAGCGAGAUCAGAAUGGCCACUUCAUCAAAAUAAUGAUUACCGUGGACAAGGUUGACACAGAAAUUGAAAAUGGUACAAUAUCAGUUGAUGGACAAAGCAUUUCUCUUCCUUAUGAUCAAAAGACCAUCCAUAUUCAUAAGUAUGGUAUUUUCACCAGACUGCAAAGUAGGAGAGGAUUUCUCUCAGUGUUUUGGGAAACUCAAGGAAGCAUAACAGAUAAAGUCUGGGUGCAGCUUCGUAAGGAUUAUCGUGGCAAAACAACAGGAUUGUGUGGAAAUUACAAUGAAGAUGAUCAUAAUGUUGCAGAAUUACUUCAGCAGAGUAAACUUCCCAGUGAAAGCUACUGUGUUACUUCAAACGAACCUGAACCAUCCAGCUGUCAAACUGAAAUGACAUGUAGAAUGAUUGUUUCAGAGUUUUUCAUUAACUUCUGCAUACCAGCACCACAAGCAGAGGCUUAUGAAAAUCAGUGUGCAGUAGAUUCUUGCAAUUGUGCUGACCAAACUCCAUGUCCAGCAUUGUGUGCAUUCUUUGAAGAAGUAGUUCGUCAGUGCCCUCUUGAACAUCUCACAGCCCUUUAUGAGAGUAUCCCAUUGAACUGGAGAGAAGAAGCCAACUGCCCAACUCCUUCUUGCCCUGGAGACAUGAUUUUUACAGAAACAGGCCCUGCACUACCCCCAACUUGCUCCAACCCGUCACCUUCUGAUAUAACAGAAACAAUAUCUUGUCAAUGUCCUGAUGGCACAAUUGUUAAUGACCUUGAAGAACAAGCCCAGUGUGUGCCAAUAGAACAGUGUCCUUGUGAAUAUAACGGUGUUGUUUAUCAAUCCGGAGAAAGCCGUGAAUCAUUAUGUGAGUCAUGUUUGUGCAGAAGUGGAAAAUGGGAAUGUGUACAGGAAAACUGCACAUCUCGUUGUAAAAUUGAAAGUGGCUCCUUCUUCACAACUUUUGAUGGGAGAUCCUACACAGUGAAUGGAAUCUGCACGUAUGUAAUUGCAACAAACCUGGAGCACGUGUGGACUCUAACUGGUACUUUGGAUCAGUGUGGCCAGAGCAUAUGUCUCACAGGGGUGCAACUUUCAUUUAAUUCAAUUACAUACAGUUUCUCUAGUGAAAAAGUUGAAGUUGGUUCUACAAUAAUCACAAGUAACUACAAAUCAGCUGAUGUGGCCAUUUUCUGGCAAUCUUCUCAAUAUAUUUAUGUGCAAACAUCCUUUGCUAUGAAGCUACAGGUUCAGAUAGCUCCAGUCAUGCAGCUCUAUGUGACGUUACCUGUGGAAGCAAAGGGCCUAAUCAAAGGCCUCUGUGGCAACUACAAUGACAUAGUUACAGAUGAAUUCAUGGCAAGCAGUGGAAUUUUAGAACCAACUGCUGAUUCCUUUGCCAUGUCUUGGGCAACACAGUCUGAGCAAUGCCAAAACAUAUUCCCAGAGUGUACCAGAUCAGAUUAUGCAAAAUAUGCCGAGGAACACUGUGCUGUGCUCAAGGAUCCCCUAGGAUUAUUUGCCCAGUGCCACUCCUUUGUUGAAUAUGACAAUUAUUAUAAGCAAUGCAUUACCAGAACCUGCCUCUGUGACAAGCCUCAAGAAUGCAUGUGUGCUGCUUUGGAAAACUAUGUAAAAGCCUGCUCUGCAAAUGGCCAGAAUGUGACACACUGGAGGGGUGAAGAGUGUGUUCCACAGUGCCCUUCCAAUCAGGUAUUCAUUUACAACAUGGUGUCCUGCAACCAUACCUGCCAGUCCUUAUCAGAGUAUGACAUUUCUUGUGAUGUGAAGGGCCAUCCAGUUGAUGGCUGUGGGUGCUUGAAUGGACAAUAUAUGAAUGAUGAAGGAACAUGUGUAUCAAAUAUAGAAUGUCCAUGUUACUAUAAAGGAAAAAGUCUGAAUCCAGGGAUGACACAAAUUAAUGGAUAUGAAUGUGUUUGUCAAUAUGGAGCUCUUUCAUGUCCUCAGCCAGUAGUAGUAUGUGAGGAAAACCAAGUAUAUGUAGAUUGCAUGAAUCCACCCAGUUUCCAGUUUUAUAGAACAUGCUCCUCAGUGUCCAUAUCUAAUGUGUCUUUCACAUGUGUAAGUGGGUGUUAUUGCCAAGAUGGAUUUUAUAAGGACAAUGCUGGCAACUGUGUCCCACUAGAUCAGUGUCCGUGUAUGUUUGGAGGCCAAGUCUACAACUCUGGUGACAGUGUUCAAGUUGACUGCAAUACAUGUAUUUGCAUGAAUGCAUCUUGGAGUUGCACUCAUAAUGACUGCCCAGGAAAAUGCCAGGUUUAUGGUGAUGGACAUUAUCAAACAUUUGAUAUGAAAUGGUACAGCUUUGAUGGAAACUGUGAAUACACAUUUGUUGAGGAUUACUGUGGAAACUUAAAUGGCACAUUCCGGAUAACAGUAGAAAGCGUUCCUUGCUGUGAGGAAGCACUGACAUGUUCCAGAGCUGUGAAAAUAACAUUCAAGAACACAGAACUAGUCCUGAGAGACUUGAAUCUGACAGAGAAGACAGCUGGUCAGAACACCAUUUCAGAAGGAAUCAUAAAUUAUUCUGUUGACACGGUUGGGCUCUAUCUGAUUGUCACGAUCUCCAAUGGAAUAACACUAAUAUGGGACAAGCACACACGAAUUACAGUUAUACUAAAGUCUCAGUGGAGGAAUAAAGUAUGCGGCCUCUGUGGUAAUUUUGAUGGAAACUCAAAGAAUGAACUUCAGACCAGAUCAAACUCAGUGGUGGCAAAUAUCCUGGAAUUUGGAAACAGCUGGAAAGUUGAAAGUUGUUCUGACGUUGUAAACCAAACAUUUCCUUGUGAGAAGCACUGGUAUUGUUCUGCCUGGGCCCAGAGAAGGUGCAGCAUUAUUAACCAAAGAACCUUUCAAGAAUGUCAUUCAAAGGUGGAUCCUCAGCCAUACUAUGAUGUGUGUGUACAAGAGUCAUGUGCAUGUGAAAUGGAAGGAAGGUUCCUGGGGUUCUGCACUGCUGUGGCUGCAUAUGCUGAGGCCUGCAAUGAAGCAAAUGUCUGUGUGAACUGGAGAACACCUGACCUCUGCCCUGUGUAUUGUGACUACUACAAUCAGCCUGGCGGAUUCAGUUGGCAUUAUGAACCUUGUGGAACAUUACCAGUGAAGACAUGUAGCGGUAACAGUGCCAAUAUGUUCUAUUCAUCAAAACUUGAAGGCUGCUAUGCAAAGUGUCCAGAUGAGGCAUCCUAUCUUGAUGAAAAUACAAUGACAUGUACAAGUCUGGAAAACUGUACCUGUUCCUACAACGGAAACGUUUAUGGGUCAGGCCAAGUGAUGCCGACUUCUGCAUAUACAACCUGUAAAUGCAUAGAUGGCAGAAUGUAUUGUGUUGAACCCCCCUCCACAACUUCAACAGUGAUAACAACAGAACCCCCCUCCACAACUUCAGCAGUGACAACAACAGACCCCCCCUCCACAACUUCAACAGUGAUAACAACAGACCCCCCCUCCACAACUUCAACAGUGAUAACAACAGAACCCCCCUCCACAACUUCAACAGUGAUAACAACAGAACCCCCCUCCACAACUUCAACAGUGAUAACAACAGAACCCCCCUCCACAACUUCAACAGUGAUAACAACAGAACCCCCCUCCACAACUUCAACAGUGAUAACAACAGACCCCCCCUCCACAACUUCAGCAGUGACAACAACAGAACCCCCCUCCACAACUUCAACAGUGAUAACAACAGAACCCCCCUCCACAACUUCAACAGUGAUAACAACAGAACCCCCCUCCACAACUUCAGCAGUGACAACAACAGAACCCCCCUCCACAACUUCAACAGUGAUAACAACAGAACCCCCCUCCACAACUUCAGCAGUGACAGCAACAGAACCCCCCUCCACAACUUCAGCAGUGACAACAACAGAAUUUCCUUGUUCUGGAGUCUGGACAAGUUGGAUUAAUAAAUUUCGCCCUAGUCUACAAAAUGGUGGAGAUUUCGAAAAAGUGGAAGGAUUGUGUCCUUACAAUGUUACAAACAUUCAGUGCCAAUCUUUACAUCCCAGUUAUCAUAAUCAAAAAGUAACUUGCAACAUACAGCAAGGUUUAGUUUGCAAAAAUGAAGACCAGAUUCCUAUAAAUGACAUGAGCAUAUGUGCUGAUUAUGAAAUUCGGGUUUGUUGUAGUCCUUUUCCUUCUACUACUCCACCUACUUCUUCACCUACUUCCUCACUUACUUCCUCACUUACUUCUUCACCUACUUCCUCACCUACUUCUUCACCUACUCCUCCACCUACUUCUUCACCUACUCCUCCACCUACUUCUUCACCUACUCCUCCACCUACUUCUCCAGUUUGCACUUGCACUUCAGGAAACAGCACUUAUGUUUGUGGUGAAUCAUGGUAUGCAAACUGUGCCAACCACACCUGCACUCCAAGUGGCUCAAUUCAGUCUAUGUCUUUCAGUUGUCCUCCAAAUCCAAAACCACAAUGUGCUAAUAAGCUGCCUCCAAAAUUGAUCCAAAAUGGCUGUUGUCAAACAUGGGACUGUGGCUGUCAGUGUCAAGUAUUUGGUGAUCCCCACUACAUAACAUUCACUGGCACUCAGUAUGCCUUCUUGCAGGAUUGUACUUAUAUUUUAGUACAGGAAAAAAAUCCAGUGUAUGGGUUUUCUGUUGCAGUUGACAAUUACUACUGUUUAGUAGGAGCUUCUUGUGCAAGAGGAAUUAUAAUAAAAUUCCGCAACAACACUGUGAAACUCGCCAUACAAAAUAACAAUGAAAUAAUUAGUACAUUUAAUGGAAACACAGUGAAGGCUCCUUACAGUCUGAAUGGAAUCAAUUUGCAAUCAACAGGGACUUUAGUAGAUGUUUUCAUUAGUGAGAUUUAUAGUGAACUGUCUCUUAAUAUAUAUGGUUCUAUCAACAUCAUAGUUCCAUUACUGUAUUUUGGGAAAAAUACACAAGGUCAAUGCGGAGAAUGUGGUGGGAACUCAUGCAUACGUCCUAAUGGCAAAGCAGAACCUGAAACGUGCUGUGGAAUAACUGCAUAUGACUGGAUAACGAAUGACUCUUCAAAAAAAUCUUGUGUACCAAAUCCUCCAUAUAAUCCUUGUGUUUCAUCAACUACAUUAACUCCAAGACCUUCAUCAUCAUCUAAAUCAAGUUCAACAUCAUCAAAAUGGACAAAUCAUUCAACAAAUUUCACACCUUCCUCUUCUAGCAUGUCAAUAAGGACAGGCAGCACAACCUCUCCACCAGUGGCACCAUUAAAUAAUCGUUCAAUCUGCAGUAUCUUUUACAAUACGACACUUUUUGGAGAAUGUACUAAUGUAGUAAAUCUUACGCCUUAUGAGAGUGCCUGCUUUUUUGACACCAGCUUAACAAACAGUAAUGACGUGGCCUGUUCCAGUAUUUCAAAAGCUGUGUCACUUUGCAAACAGGCCGGAGUCUGUGUCAACUGGAGACCAUAUGUAGAUGGGAUAUGUGAUGUGCAGUGUCCUAAUGGAACCAUUUUUAAUGAAUGUCAGUUAUACACAGAUAAUUACUGUCAGGCUGGAGAGGUGAUCUCAGGAACCAACUUGGGAACAAUGACUUCUGGGUGUUUUUGUCCAGAUGGCUCAAUGCGAGCAGAAAUAUACAAAGAAGAGUGUAUUACACAAUGUCCCAACUGCAAAGGUCCAUUGGGAGAACCCAAAAUGGUUGGAGAUACAUGGGAAUCCAACUGUCACAACUGCAGAUGUGAUGCCGUCACUCUAACAGAAGUUUGUGAGCCGUUCAUCUGCGAUGUAAACUGUACAGAGGAUGAAAUUCCUGUACCAGAUCCCAGUGGUUGCUGUUAUACUUGUGAAACACCACCACAACAAUGUGAUGUUAUAGUGUCAAAUGUAACAUUCAACACUGGUGCGUGCUAUGGUGAAUUUGAAGUGGCAAACUGUAAAGGAAACUGUUCAUCUGAGACAAGUAUUUCACUUUCUUCUGGAACUAUGACUUCUACUUGCAUGUGUUGUCAGGCUCUUAAAACAGAGCAGAGAAAUGUGACCUUAACCUGCAACCAAGCUAACAGCAAAUCCCAACACUUCAAUUACACGUACAUUAAAAGUUGUUCAUGUUCAUUGUGUUCUGUGAAGAACAAAUCCUAAAGAAAAAGAAGGCUUUGCCCUUAAUUUUUCAAAGUGUAUCAGAAUUAAGUUAAGAGCCUAUAACACCUGCUGUUUUGUUUUUUUUUUCUAUACGUGGUAGAUCUGAAAAUGCUAAAUUUGAAUCACAUUCUUUAAUAAUCUUUCUAAUAAUCCUUUUAUGGCUUUGCUUGUCCGUUCUUGCAUAAGAAGUACAUACAAGUAAAUAUAUAGCAAGAAUGUAAAUCAUCAGUAAGGUUUAAUGAUUUAGCAUUAUAGUAGGUUAUGUCCUAACAUACAUAGUCACUUUAUUAAAAACAUUUAGAGAAUGCAUAUCAUAAAGUACAGAUACAUUUGCAAAUUAUGCUUAUAUUAUUGGCUAUUAUAGUGUGUACUGUUGGACAUGGUAAAGAGAAGAUUGAUCAUUUGUUUGUAUGGUUUUAUUUUAUAGAGUGUAACUUCUUAAAGCCGUUUACAUGAUUCUUGUGAAAAUUUCUGAAAAGGUGAUAGAUAUUGAUUAAAACUCAAUAAAUUUUCAUGCAUAUGCUAA